AUGUCCUUUCUAUUCGGAAAGAAGAACAAGCAGCAGGCCAACGCGCUCCCGCCGGCCACCAGGGAGAUUACCUCGUCGCAUGGCCCAGGACAACCGCCCCCGACUGCCAAUGGCAUAAGUGCUAACAUCGCUGCCAGCGGUCCUCCCCCCCGCGAUGUAGUGGAAAGACCCCGUGGAGGCAGCCAGACCCAGAACUCGACUCCGGGGGGCAGCGUUAACAACUCUUUGAGCUCCCUGCAGAACGCCCCUACUCCAGAGCCAAAAGCUCGUGAAAAGAUGGACCCGAACGGCCAAAAUGCCAACCCCAGAUUUGCCGCAAACUCCCCCGAAUCGCCCUACCCUUGGUCCUCGCGCCGCCUCAACUUCACCGCCGGCAAUCCCUUCCCUCGAUAUGGCGCUGCUAUCAACGCAACAGCCUCGAAAGACGGCACCAUCUACCUUAUGGGUGGACUGGUGGGGGGUUCGGCAGUCAAAGGUGAUUUGUGGCUGACAGAAAUGGGCAACGGCAGCAUGGCCUGCUACCCUAUUUCUACCACUGGAGACGGACCCGGCCCUCGUGUGGGACAUGCCAGUCUGCUGGUCGGCAACGCAUUCAUCGUCUUCGGAGGCUCCAAAAUAUACAUUUUCGGUGGACAAGUGGAAGGCUUCUUCUUCAACGACCUGGUGGCUUUUGAUCUGAAUUCAUUGCAGUCCUCCGCAAGUCGUUGGGAAGUUUUACUACCAAACACAAAGGAACAGAUUUCUCCCCAGGGCAAGUCACCACCAGCUCGUACAAACCAUUCAGUUGUAACCUGGAACGACAAGCUCUAUCUCUUCGGUGGCACAGACGGUCUUACCUGGUUCAAUGAUGUCUGGACAUAUGAGCCGCGCUCCAACUCAUGGACUGAACUCGACUGCAUUGGCUAUAUUCCCGUGGCUCGCGAGGGUCAUUCAGCUGCUCUCGUGAACGACACCAUGUACAUCUUUGGUGGACGCACCCAAGAAGGAGUCGAUUUGGGUGAUCUGGCAGCCUUCCGCAUCUCCUCUCGCCGCUGGUAUAUGUUCCAAAACAUGGGUCAUUCCCCUUCAGCUCGAUCAGGUCAUAGCAUGACAUCGUUCGGAAAGCACAUUGUCGUUCUGGCAGGCGAACCCAGCUCUUCUAUUAGUGACAGAAAUGAGCUCAGUCUUAGCUAUAUUCUAGACACCUCCAAGAUCAGGUAUCCUCCCAAUGAGAGCGCUCCUCCACAACAGGCCCAGAACACCCAGCGGAAGAUGAGCGGUGGUGAAAAGACCGGCCCCGCUCCUAUAAAAGCAGUAUCACCUCCAAUACGAGAGAGCUCAGCGGCCAACGCCAAUCUUACCAAAGUCGCAGAUAGCACGGGAAAUGGUAUACUUCCUGCGGGAUCACGGCUACCUCGUGCAGCUGGUCAGCCACCUCCAGGUCCUCCACCAAAUCAGCAACCACCACAACCACGAGAAAUGGGGCCUAGCCAUCAAGGCGGCGCGAGGUCCAGGAGCAAGACUCCCACUAAGAAUGAUCGUAGCUAUGGUCCUCCUCUCGACACUGGAGCUACAUCUACGGCCGACCGAGAGAACAUGUCGCCCAUGGCCCGCGAAAGCCCGCUUACAAGCGACAUUCAGCGAAAGACUUCUGAUGCCAUAAGUCCGCGGCCUCAUAAGGAGUCCAUGGAUACUUCACGAUCGAGCAGCGUCGGUUCGCGGCAUGCACCAAAGACCCAUCGUCAGCAAGCUUCUCAAGAGAGUGUGGAGCAAGCAACGCGGCGGUCCCUGGAGACUCAGCAGCAACGGGGCCUGGCUGAACAACUGCCCACCAACGGCGCCAAAAACAUAUCGCCUACGACUGAUCAACGGAGCGCUGAUCUAGUACGAGAACUUGAACACGUGAAGAAUCGCAAUGCUUGGUACGCCUCAGAGCUUGCUCUUGCCCGUAGAGCGGGCUACAGCUCAGGGACUUCUACCAGCCCGGUAUUCGACGAGCGAUCAGCGGACGCAUUCCGUGAUGAAGACAAACCACUACUGGAAGCACUUUUGAAGAUGAAGACCGAACUCGAACGCGUCCAGACAUCAAUCAAGACCCAAGGCGAGGACGCUGCGAAGCGGAUUGCUGAAGUUGAAAGGCAGCGAGAUGCAGCUGUUAGCGAAGCCAUAUACGCAAAGACGAAAUUGGCGGCCCAUGGAGGUGGUAGCCACAGUGGUACUCCACAACCCGAUGGGGCACGGAAUGCGGAUACACCAGACGCCGAUCGUCUCCAAGACACUAACCGCCGACUAGCUAUGUCUCUGGCGGCACAAGCCGAACUCGCUACCAAAGUUGAACAUCUAACGCGCCAAAUUGAUGCCGAGAGGAAAGCUAAGCAGUUAGCGGAAGAGAUUAUAGACGCCGCUCAGAAGCGUGUACAAGAGCUGGAUACGACUCGGCAGAAGGCUACUGCUGAAUCCGAGAGUCUGCGUGCCGAGCUUCAUGAAGCUGAACGUGUUGCAAGAGAAGUCUCUACCAGUGCCACCGAGGCAGAAUCUUCGUCAAAGCUCCUUGCCAUCGACAAACAGGAAUUGAGUGUCAAGUUUGCCAAGGUCUCUGAAGAAUCUAAAGCGCAGGCUGGCAUCAUUCAGUCCUUGCGUGACGCUGUCUUCGCAUCCACGGAGAAGUCGGCAUUGCUCGAAAAGAGGUUUCAUGAUGAGCGGGAGCAAAACGAUAGUCUUCGCCAGAAGCUCAGUCAACUCCGGAGCGAGUUUGGCACACCUGAGUUCAACCGGGUUCGCGAACUAGAACAACAGGUCGAUUCCAUGACCAAGGCACACGAAGAGUUGCGUAAUAUGUUCGAAGAGCGUGAGCAUGAGGUCAGCAAAGAGUGGGAAGAGAAGUUACAAGCGUUGCAUAACGACCACCAAGCUGCUGUCAAGUACCUCAGAGGCACAGAGAAGAUGCUUACGAAGAUGAAGCAGGAGCUCGACCGUUACAAGAGUACAAAUCUCAGACUCGAGGAAGAGCUCGCACAAAUGAAGCUUAAUGAGCGUAACAAAACGACAGAGGCAGACACCGCUGCGUGGGACGCAGAACGUACUGCACUCCGUUCAGAACUGUCAAAAGCGCAUGACAAUAUGGAGGCUACCGUCAAACGCUUUGAGACUCAGCUGGCUAAGCUGCAAUCUGACCUAGCCUCUGCCAAGUCAGAUGCUGAGACCGCGGCGGCUGCCACGAAAAAAGCCGAGGAAUUGGCAGCCCAGUUCCAAACCGACCUUGAGUUACUCCGUCGUCAGUACUCGCAAAUGGAGGAGCGUGCCCGCGAAGCUGAGGGUCGGGUUCAGAUGUUCCUUGAUCAGUUUGAAUCGUCUGUUGAUAACUAUCGCCGCCAGUCAACGAUCCCGGCCGACGCCGCCCAUUCCGAGCACGCCUUCCUUGACCAAUCUUUCACACAGCCCCUCCGUGGCUUCAAAAUCCAUCAGCGUCUCAUUGACGUCUGA